CGUGCUAGUGUCCCAGUUCCGUUACACGGAGUCUCCUGGAGAAGGCGAGGAUGAGUGCUUGUGUGCGAGCGAGGCAGAGGAGGCGGAGAGAUGAGCUACUGUAACCAGAGAGCUGAAGCGAAGCAGGACGGUCGUCGGAGAAAGCUUUGGAACCGCGCAGAGUGGAGGAAAGGGGAGGAGCUGCCCUCCAGGGCCCCGCCACUAGCCAAAGAGAGCGGGGAAACAAGCAAACCAGCCAGCCUCAAACUCCCGUGCCCUCGGCAAAGCCCGCCCCGCAGCUCUGCAGCGAGCUCAGCGUCUCGCUACUGACGAGUGAGGAGGGAAAGGAAGACGGGAACUUCCCUGGAGCACCGCAAGAGAGGGAGGGAGACGGGGGCUGGCUGUCUCUGCCUCGCCAGACUCCGCAGCACCUUCUUUCUCUCUCGCUCGUUGGGAAGGGUGAAAAGAAGGCGAAGCUGCACCGCUCUGCGCUCGGCGCUUCUGGCUGCCCGGAGUAGGGAAGGGACGGAGGCGGUCUGGUGCCGGGCUCGCCUUUUCCAGCCCAGCGAGGAGAGUAGCCCGCUGCAGUAUCCCAGAGGUGGCGGGAGCAACAGUCGUUGCCGCCUCCUUCCUCGGCUUAGCUGGAUUCUGCCGUAGAAAAGCGGGAGUGCUUUCCGGAGCCCAGGAGCAGCUACAAAGAAGCUUUGAUCCCAAGUUGCUGCCAGGCAAGCUGGCGGCAGCCGAAGAUGGCCCUCUCCUGCUGACUUGAAUGUGCAAUGGGGAUCAUUCUGAAGAAGGUGCUCUCCCAGAUAAUUGCUAGCAAUAUGUCGACCAUCUCUGACAUAGCGGUGAACAUGACUUGACAUCCUGAUGACUGCAUUCAUGGCCAUUGGAUGAUUUGGUAAAUCAUGGAGCUCAAAGUAUGGGUGGAUGGAGUCCAGAGAAUUGUUUGUGGAGUCACAGAAGUUACAACUUGCCAGGAAGUUGUUAUAGCACUUGCUCAGGCCAUAGGUCGUACAGGAAGAUACACCUUGAUAGAAAAAUGGAGAGAUACAGAAAGGCACCUGGCACCUCAUGAAAAUCCUAUAAUCUCCUUGAACAAAUGGGGACAGUAUGCAAGUGAUGUGCAGUUAGUAUUACGGCGCACUGGGCCAUCUCUCAGUGAGAGGCCAACUUCAGACAGUGUUGCUCGGAUACCCGAAAGAACUUUGUAUCGGCAGAGUUUGCCUCCGCUGGCCAAGCUCCGACCUCAGAAUGACAAGUCAUUAAAAAGGAGGGAGCCAAAAAGGAAAUCAUUGACUUUCACAGGAGGGGCAAAAGGGUUAAUGGACAUUUUUGGCAAAGGCAAAGACUCUGAGUUCAAGCAGAAAGUUCUCAACUGCAAGACUACAGUUGAUGAGCUGAAGAAACUGAUCCAUCUCCAGACUGAGAAGCUUCAAUCCAUUGAGAAACAGCUGGAUUCAAAUGAUGCUGAAAUCAAGUACUGGGAGCAGAGGUUCAACUACAGUCUGGAAGAUGAAAUUGUCAAACUGGAGCAGAAGAUCAAAAGGAAUGAAGUGGAAAUUGAGGAGGAGGAAUUCUGGGAAAAUGAGCUUCAGAUUGAGCAAGAAAAUGAGAAGCAGCUGAAGGAGCAGCUCCAGGAAAUUAGCCAAAGGAUCUUGGACUGUGAGAGCAAGCUGAAGGAGUACAUGGUUCAGAUCCAUGGUAUGGAGAGUGGCCUUGAAGCAGAAAAAUUACACCAGGAAGUUCAGGAGUCUAAAGUGAAUGAAGAAGAAGUCAAAGGAAAAAUUGAAAAAGUGAAGGGGGAUAUUGAUGUUCAGGGACAGCAAAGUCUCAGGCUGGAAAAUGGUAUUAAAGCUGUUGAAAGGUCUCUGGGCCAAGCUACCAAACGAUUGCAGGACAGAGAACAAGAACUAGAGCAGCUGACAAAAGAGCUGCGGCAAGUCAAUCUCCAGCAAUUUAUCCAGCAAACGGGGACAAAAGUCACUGUUUUGCCGGCAGAACCUACUGAACUGGAGGCUUCACAUACAGAGCUUGAGAGGGAAGCAACUUUUCAGACUGGGUCUUUGAAACGGCCUGGCUCAUCAAGACAGCUUCCCAGCAAUCUUCGGAUCCUGCAGAAUCCAUUGUCGUCUGGUUUUAACCCAGAGGGCAUUUAUGUAUAACAGUAUAUACCUCUUCUGGAGAGAACCUAUGAAGGUACCAUGGACCAUAUACACUUCCCUCCUAACUGCUUCUGUUCUCGCAGUGAGAUGUGGAGAGGGAGAGAGAGAGAAAAAAACUUCCUUUCAGAAGCCACCAGA